CCUCUCGCCUCGCCACCUCCCCCCCUGUUUUCUCCAUUUCUCCUCCCAAUUUUUUUCUCCGCAUCCGCAGAAAUUCUGUCCCCUCCUCCUCCUCCUCCAUUUCCGAUGUAUUUUAUUCGAUUUCGAGAUUUGUUUUCCGGUGCAUAGAGCUCACGUACAACCGCCGCGCCGAACGGUGCAUGUGAACUGUUCGGCGAAACGCGCAGGUGAGGAGAGGUCGCGAGGAGCGGCUGCUGCGGCGGCGGCGGCGGCUUCGAUUCAGGUGGGGGUGGGUGCCCUAGGGUUUCGCUGCCGGGAUGGAUGGCCGGGAGCAGCAGCAGCAGCCGCGCGUGAGCUCGCCGCCGCCGGCCGGCGGCGGCGUGAUGAUGCCUCAGCACCCCUACGGCGCCGCGCCGGCGAUGCCGCCGGGGUCGGCGAAUGUUAUGCACGGGGUGCCGCUCUCGUUCAACCCCAUGGCGUCGCCGACCGCCUCGUCGCCUAUGAAGCCCGCGGAUAUGUCGGGGACCAUGUACCGCACCGAUCCCGUCGUGCAGGGCAUGCAGCAGCAGCCCGGUUCCGGCGGUGGCGGCACGGCGGUCGGCGGAGGGGAGCUCGUGAAGAAGAAGAGGGGGAGGCCGAGGAAGUAUGGUCCUGACGGGAACAUCGGGUUGGGACUGAAGCCCGCGGCUGCAGCAGGGACGGAGGCCGGCGGACCUUCAGGUGGUGCAGGAUCGAACUCGAACCCUGACGGGAAGCGCAGAGGGCGACCCCCAGGAUCCGGGAAAAAAAAACAGCUAGAUGCUUUGGGAUCUUCCGGGACAUCUUUUACUCCCCACAUAAUAACAGUGAAGCCUAAUGAGGAUGUUGCUUCAAAAAUAAUGGCAUUUUCACAACAAGGCCCUCGCACUACAUGCAUAAUUUCAGCAAAUGGCGCUCUUUGCACAGCAACACUACGUCAACCAGCAACUUCUGGUGGUAUAGUAACAUAUGAGGGCCACUUUGAUAUUCUCUCUCUGUCGGGCUCAUUUCUGCUCGCAGAGGAUGGCGACACUCGUAGCAGAACAGGUGGUUUGAGUGUGGCACUUGCUGGAAGCGAUGGACGUAUAGUUGGAGGUUGUGUUGCUGGAAUGCUGAUGGCAGCAACGCCCGUGCAGGUUGUAGUGGGGAGUUUCAUUGCUGAAGGUAAAAAAGGCAAGGAAGAACAUCUGAAACGUGAGCCAACAUCUGCCCCGACGCCGAACCACGCAGCUGGCUUUGGCGCAGCCACGGCUGCCAGUCCUCCGUCUGAUGGAUCAUCAAGCGACCACUCCGAUGACCCAGGGAGUCCCAUGGGACCUAAUGGCAGCACAUUCAAUAAUUCAGGUCAUCCCAUGCAUUCUUCGUAUGCUCCUGUUAGCUGGUCGCUAUCUGGGAAUCAAGGCCGUUACGAUCCCGACCUGAAGAUGAUGACCGACUAGAUAAUCCUGUGUUUUUAAGCUCUGUUAGCUGUUGACCCAGUAGAGUGUAGGGAUCAGGGAUUCAGUGUUUCCUGCACCGACACCACCGGCAGCGUUGGCCAAUAAUCCGGUGCGCUAGUAGUAAUCAGUAUCACAAUGCCUGAACAAAAGAGAUCAGGAACAAAUAAGUAGCCCCAGCGCAUGGCUUGGCCUGUCAGGUAGCUAAUUUUUAUUUUUCUCAAUCGGUAGCUUAUUUAGCAUGCUUUGUCAGUUGUCAGCCUAGUUGUACGGUUUUCUUAUGAAUGUUUGUACACCUUUUUCUUUUCUCGCUAGUAUUCGGCGUGUACGAAUCUUAAUUAAGAUUGGAAUGACAUGUUAUUGGAUAUUGUCGUUUUUC